UUUGGUCCCAGCAGCAGGCUCCUAUAUAACUCGCAGAUUGCACAAAUAUAGCAUUAUAGCCCGUGAAAUUUGGCAAAAUGGAAGAGAGUAGUGUGAUUCUGUUAGAUUUAUGGGUUAGCAUUUACGCGACGAGGGCAAGAAUUGCAUUGGCCGAGAAGGGGAUCAAGUACCAAGCUCAGGAAGAAGACUUCGUUUAUAAGCAGAAAAGUAGCCUGCUUCUAGAGAUGAAUCCGCUUCACAAAACCGUCCCAGUUCUGAUUCACAACGGCAAGCCCAUUUGUGAAUCCCUCAACAUUGUUGAGUACAUUGAUGAAGUGUGGAAUCACAAACCUCCAUUGCUCCCCGCCGAUCCUUACCAAAGAUCCCAAGCGAGAUUCUGGGCUGAUUACAUUGAUAAGAAGGUAUCUUCAAGGAAUAUAUGGGGGAACAAGGGGGAGGAGCGGGAGAAAGCGAAGACGGAAUUUAUAGAAGCUUUGAAGAUUUUGCAGGGAGUGCUGGGAGACAAGACUUACUUCGGUGGUGAUUCAUUCGGCUUUGUGGAUAUAGCUCUUUUACCCUUUUCUAUCUGGUUUUAUACCUUGGAGAAUGUUGCCAACUUCAGCGUGGAGGCUGAGACUCCACAGCUUGUCGAAUGGGUCAAGAGAUGCAGGGAAAGGGAAAGUGUCUCCAUCUCUCUCCCUGACCCUAAAAAGGUCUAUGACUUCAUCUUGCCAAUGAUGCAGAGAAUGGGUCUAGCAUAGCCGGAUUGGAUGGAUACUUUACGAGGAUUGAGGAAUAAAAGGGAGGUUAAUGCAGCUGAUGCAAUUUCCAUUUCAAAUGCAAUGCAACUUUUUUUCUUUUUUCAUUUUUGGGGGUUUCUGUUGGAGGAUGUAAUGUUUGCUUAUAUGGUGGCAAUAAAAAUAUGAUUUGGCCUUGGAGAUUGCUUUGAGCCGUGAUUAA